UCUUGUGAGGAUAGUGCACGACAGAAACCACUAAGGACUAAAUUAAUAUUCGCUUGAUGCGGCGACUCUGAAUAAAGUGCUUACAGUUAUAGAGACUUCAUUCUAAAGAGGCAUACAUUUUGAUACAGAAAGAUGAUUUCGCCGUGGGACAGAUGGUAUACGACAAGCUGCUGUCUCUGUUGUCACGUAAGGACGGGCACCAUUGUCCUUGGCAUUUGGUAUAUGCUCAUCAAUGCAGUGGUUCUGUUAAUCCUACUAUCUGCCCUAAAUGACCCGGUCCAAUACCACUACCACCUCACCAGUACCGAACUCGGCACAGACUUGGAUGUCAUGGAUGAUGCAAACAUGUGCAUUGCUGCAGCUAUUUCCCUACUGAUGAUUUUGAUUUGUGGGAUGGCAACAUAUGGUGCUUAUAAGCAACAUGCUGCUUGGAUUAUACCAUUUUUCUGCUAUCAAAUUUUUGAUUUUGCCCUUAACACCCUGGUAGCAAUAAGUGUUGUGGUAUACCCCAACACCAUUCGGGACUACCUUCAGCAACUGCCUGCGACCUUUCCAUACAAAGAAGAUUUAAUGUCUACCAACACCGUGUGCCUAGUAUUUGCAGUUCUACUUUUCAUCAGUUGCAUCCUGGCCUUUAAGGCUUAUUUGAUCGCCUGCGUGUGGAACUGCUAUAGAUAUGUUGGCAGCAGAGGUACUACAGAGGUCUUUGUUUAUGUCACCACAAAUGAUACAACAGUGCUGCUUCCACCUUAUGAGGAUGCUGUAGCCAAUCCACCAAAGGAGCCACCUCCUGAGUACAACUCAGCAUGAGACAGACCCCACCCUGCCAAAAUCCCAACCCCAGCCCUCCCAGAUGUCCUCUAAACAAAGGAUUUCUCUGUGAUCGUUGCCCUGUUCUCUUCUCCAACCUUCUGUGUCUUACUCAGUGACAUGUCUCUCCUUUGGUCCCCGAAGGCAGUAUUACAACAUUGUCAUGACCUUCCCUCUGCCAGGCUGCACAGCUGUGUGUCAGCUCCAAUUUGAUUUGCACUUUCUGUAAUUAUGCAUGGCACUGGCCACCCAUUUUAAUACUGUGAACUUCUCUGUAAUGUUGUUGUCUCCUGAAAUUUAAAUACAGUGAGUGCAAUAAACAAGGUUACAUAA